CUCUGCAGUUACACACCUGGAUAGUUUCACUAAAAAGGGGUAACAUGCCGCCGCGCAAGUUAGUGACGACUGCGACCGCGGCGCAGCUGGACGAAGUCGGUGACUUGUUUGAUGAGCUCAUGGACAAGGACAGCGGGUGCGUCACCGCAAAGGAGAUGGCUGCGAUCUUACCGUACACGGCUGGAGCGGCCACGGCAGACGUUCAAGCCAUGAUCGACGACAUGGUGGCGAGAAAGUCGUCGUUGGGGAAAAAACAAUUUGUUCGACUCGUAUCCAAACGCAUGUACGGCGGGGCGUGGAACGCCUACAUGGAAGCCCUGGAGAAUGCGCCGCUCGCCCACGUGAUCGUGUCGAUGAAACGUCGCAAGCACUUGGUCCAUUUUGCCAACUUUUACCUCGCCAAGGGCGUGGCGGGGGCCGAGCUUGUCGUGCCUGCGGAUACGGACAUCCACCAAAACGUGUCCAAGCCAACCUUGGAUAUACGGCGAGCAAGACAAAUCCAGCAGUGCCACCGUCAUCACGCACCAAUACUACCCCAGAAACGACCUGGCAACGAUGCGAUUGGAGUGGAAAAGUUGCGUCCCACGAAGGAACAGCUUCACAACCAGUGGAUCUGGAGCCAACGGAAGGCCUCGUUAGUCCAAGCGUGCCGAACGUUUAAGACGGGAUACCAGCACGUAUAUGCCGUUGUAUUCAACGGCUCAACUCGAACCCUCGAGAGACAUUGCGUCUUUCUCACAAAACCAUACCUACGGCUUUUCAGCGGCCGAUACUUUUGUCUUGCGAUCGCCCCCGAUCAAGACCAUCAAGUCAUUGCGUCGUCGACCGGCCUCUUAGGCAAAGCUUCGCUGGAUCGAACGCAGUCUUGCCACGGUUUGUCCCCCGAUAAGUUGCUGGCCGCGUUUUUCUUAUCCCCCGGCCGACAUGCCAAACCCUCCCGGGUGGCUACCGCUGCGGUACCCACCACGACGUCCGCUUCGUUUUUAGUCGCCGCGGGGCUACCCCCCACCGCCGCCGAUCACCCCCUUUGGGUCGAACCCAUUCACAUGUUUCGCGGCCUCCGCGUGGAGCGAGUGUCGUGCAACUUUGGAAACGUCAUGUACACCGCGGGGGGACGAUUAUAUGCAUGGGGCUGUGCGGAAAUCACAAGUCCCCCCUGUCGCCCCCUUGUAUUAGACCAUUCCAACUCAAUCAAUUGUCAAGACAUUGAGGCAGCUGUCAUCCGACGUCAGCAUCCUUGCAUUGCCCCAACUCUGGACGAAGUGCAUCGCAUCGAUGCAAGUGCAUACAGCGUUGCCCCUCGGGAGUUUCACAAGGCCAUGCACGAGUAUUCCAUGUGGCUGAGCCGCCAACGAAUCGAACCACACAGCAACAACAACAGCAGUAUCAACCAUGAACAAGACCCCUCCACGCUGGCAUGCACGCGAUGGCAACACGCAAAGGUUCAAAUGGGUCCACAUGCAAUUGCGCCAACACUUACAGACAUGCACAGUGUCAUAUGUGGAGGCGAAGAGUUCUACGUUGCCUUGUCCAAAGAAGGGACUGUAUUUACAUGGGGCGAUGGCACAUUUGGACGACUGGGACGUACAGGGCAACCUGCAUCAUCGACGAUCCCCCAUCAAGUGAUUGGGUUCGAGCACCCCAUUCGCGUUGUGGCCUGCGGGGCUAGGCAUGUCAUUUGCACCGACGGCCACGGGCUCGUGUAUAGUUGGGGGGGCAACCUCCACGGACAACUGGGCACCGGUCUUACAGAUGACGUGUAUCAACCCGCAGUCAUUGCGUUCUUGCGGGAAAAAGUGGUCGUGGAUGUGGUUGCUGGCGACGACCAUACUAUGGCACUUAGCAAUGUGGGUGACGUGUAUACCUUUGGCAACAACUGGUGCGGCCAGCUAGGCCAAGGCAAGCGCGACACACUAUGGUCCCCCGUACCCGCCCCAGUCGAAUUUCCCGAAGCUUUGUCCGAUCCAAUCUACAUGAUUCGGAGCAUUGGCACUACUUGUGCGGCCGUGUCCGUGACAGGUACCACCUAUCUAUAUGAAUAAUAUCCUUCUGCUUGGACAAAACGCUGUAUUUUUUCCAGUGUUGAUAUCAAUAUAUAUAUAUAUAUAUAUUCAGGAACAGUGUUUGUGUGGGGGUCGUGUGCCGUGGACUUGUGUGGGUUGGUCAGUCGGUACUCGCCGCAAGUCGUCAAGUUCGAAGCAUUGCGUUGUGUUAACUCGCACACAAAAGUGGUGGACGCCAGCCACAUCGUCACGUCGAUGGCGCUCUCGGCGGGCUGUGUCGUGCUGGGUAUUUCCACUACUGGCAUGUACGACCAGUUUUACGCCGACAACAAUACCCAUUCCCCCAGCACCAACAGCGACGAGACCAACGAUGCUCCUGACAACAACAACGGCGGUGUAGCGCCAAUGUAACUUGACCUCUAACGAAAUAUUUCGCAUGUCAUUCAUC